AAAGAUUUCACUGUUCCUAUUUGCCUUUUUGAGUAGAAUCCAAGUACUCUUCCUCCCUUUUCUUUAUGUCUUUUGGUUUCAAUAGCUACUUGGUACCACCAAGAUUCCAUUGUCUCUACAGAUUCUUAAUCUCUUCCUGUAAGUUAAUUUGGGUGAAUUAUUUAUCGAGAGCAGCCUUAUUGAGUGUUGGGGAAGUGAACGGUUACCUAUGAGUCUAUGACUGGAGGAAGUUCUUCUUGUUUUGCUUAUUUUGAGAUUUGUCGAUGCUGAACAGUGGACACACGCACUGAUAGAUAUAGACAAAGUUUGCCAACCUGAAGUUGAAUAAUUUUGCAUGAAAUGGGUUGGUUUACCAAGUUGCUUAAGGGCUCUGAUCAUAAAGUUUCACGUGGACAAUACCAAGGCAGAUAUGGAGAGGACAGAAUUUGGGAUAAUCAUCGUAGUUCAAUGGAUGAUUUGACGGACAUUGAGAAAGAAGACAUUGAUCGUGCAAUUGCAAUCUCUCUGUCAGAGGAGGAUCAGGAAAGGAAACAAGUUCUUGAGGAUGAUUCUCAAUCUGAAGAUGAGCAACUAUGUAUAAUUGAUGAUGAGGAAGAUGAGCAUAUUGGUAGAGUUCAUCUAGAUGAGGAUGAACAGCUUGCUAAAAUUCAACAAGAAGAAGAUGAACGUCUUGCUAAAAUUCAACAAGAAGAAGAUGAACGUCUUGCUAAAAUUCAACAAGAAGAAGAAGAGCAUCUUGCUAAAAUUCAACGAGAUGAGGAUCAACGUCUUGCUAAAAUUCAACAAGAUGAGGAUCAACGUCUUGCUAAAAUUCAACUUGAGGAAGACGAGCAACUUGCUAGGGCAAUUCAAGAAAGUUUGGAAAUUGGUUCUCUGCCUCAAUAUGGCAAUGAUUCUUCACUUUUAUCUAUUCCUCACCUCUUUCCCUCUGGAUACAGAAUCUGUGCUGGAUGCAAGACUGAGAUUGGGCAAGGAAGAUUUUUAAGUUGCAUAGGAGCUGUCUGGCAUCCAGAAUGCUUCUGCUGCCAUGCGUGCCAUCUUCCAAUCACUGAUUAUGAGUUUUCCAUGUCUAGCAAUCGCCCUUACCAUAAAUCAUGCUAUAGGGAUAAACAUCACCCAAGAUGUGAUGUUUGCAAGAACUAUAUCCCAACUAAUUCAGCUGGCCUCAUUGAGUAUAGAGCUCAUCCUUUCUGGCUACAAAAAUAUUGCCCUUCUCAUGAGCUUGAUGGCACUCCUCGUUGUUGUAGCUGCGAAAGAAUGGAGCCAAGAGAUACAAAAUAUCUUUUGCUUGAUGAUGGUCGAAAGCUAUGUUUAGAGUGUCUAGACUCGUCAGUUAUGGAUACUCAUGAAUGCCAACCUCUCUACCUUGAAAUACAAGAAUUUUAUGAAGGUUUAAAUAUGAAAUUGGAGCAGCAAGUUCCUAUGCUCUUGGUUGAGAGACAAGCUUUGAAUGAAGCCAUGGAGGGAGAAAAGAAUGGUCAUCACCACUUACCUGAAACUAGAGGACUCUGCUUGUCAGAAGAGCAAACUGUCACCACUAUUUUAAGGAGGCCAAGGAUUGGGGCAGGCUACCGAGCAGUAGACAUGAUUACUGAACCUUAUAGGCUGACCCGUCGUUGUGAAGUGACAGCUAUUCUUGUUUUGUAUGGCCUCCCUAGGUUGUUAACAGGAUCAAUCCUAGCUCACGAGAUGAUGCAUGCAUGGCUUAGGCUUAAAGGUUAUCCCAACCUCAGUCCAGAAGUUGAAGAAGGAAUCUGCCAAGUCUUGGCUCAUAUGUGGUUAGAUUCAGAGCUUUAUACUGGAUAUGGGAAUGACGGUGCAUCGUCAUCGUCGUCUUCAUCGUUAUCAUCACCUUCCUCCUCUUCUACAUCAACAAAGAAGGGUAAACGGUCCGACUUUGAGAAGAAACUAGGUGAGUUUUUUAAACACCAGAUUGAGUCAGAUACCUCCUCAGCUUAUGGAGAUGGAUUCAGAUUGGGUAACCAAGCAAUGCUCAAGUAUGGGCUCAAAAGAACCCUUGACCAUAUCCAUAUGACAGGAAGUUUUCCAAUUUGAAAUUUUGAAAGGUAAUUUUUCUGGCCUAUACAUGUCAUCUCAGCUUGGUCAUAUAAAUUAUAGUUCAAAGAUUUUAAUAUCAAAUAGUUCAACACGAGACAAAAUAAGGAAUAAAAUUACUCCUCCUACCUUGCGUUUGCUUAAUUUCGUGUCAAAUGUGGCACAGCAUGUUCUAUAUAACUAAAUACAGGAAGCUGAAGCAAUGGAAGUAUAGAUAGAAUUAUUCCAGUGUUGCAUGCGAAUUUUGAAAUCUUAUAUUUUUCGAAGAACAACGAGGUUAAGUUACACUGUUUUGAGUUGCGCCAAAGAUCCAGACAGAGUUUCAAAAUUCAUACACGUGAAAAACGUAAGAAACGUAAGCCACUACAAUCAGCCACCGAGGCUACAUGAAGAAAAACAGUGGGGACUCAACAAUCUGUAAUUUACAAAUUUAAUCCGCAUUCUUUUCACAUCACAUUAGUAAUUUACAAAUUUUGCUUCAAGGA